AGUGCUAAUGGAUGGGCUUUUUCCAUGCCUUUCCUGGGGAAGACAAGAUGCUUCGAUGCCAUUUAUAGAAGGAGGUGGGCAUCUUCAUAGCCUCAGCAUCAGGGUAUAAGCAAUUGCCAGGAGCAGGGGGUGGAUUUCUUCCCUUUCCGGCCACAGCACCCACUUGUGUCACACCAGCGUUGUUUGCUCAAGGGGGUUGAGUAGCUCUCGGCACCGUAACCCUUUGUAGGGGUGAUCUCAGCAGCAAAGAAAUGAAUGGGCAGUGGAUUGCUGCCGAGUAUCCUUCACGUAGGAAGAGGCCCUGGGGGUCAAGGUCGAGGCACGUUGCCACCGUGGCUCAGGAAGAGCUCCGAAGCUGGAAAACCUCCACCACCAACCUCCUGACUCACAGCCUGGGCUGGGUUGAGUUUGGGUCCUUCUGUAACAACCUGUUUGGGUGCCCGUAGGUGAAUGAGUGCAGAAGAGCAUCGGGAGCUCCUCAGGGUUCAGUGUUCCCAGGCUGGUACUUGUCUGGGGAAGGGGAUGCUGCUGAGGAGGGUGCAGGGUGGCGUUUGGUGAGCUCUCUGGAUGCUCAGGAAGAGGUGCAGGAGCAGCAGUGGGUGUUACUGAUGUGCCUGGAGAUAAGCUGUCGUCCUUUGGGAUGGGUCAUGACCUGCUCCUGCUUCUUGCAUCACCCCCAGCAGACGUGAGGGGUGCUGAAUGCUGUCCUGGAUGUGUCACAGGGGCUGUGCCCGUGUCUCCAACCCUCCAGCUGACUUUCCUGGCUUUAUCUCCACCUUUCAGAUUGACAAGUACCUCUACCACAUGCGGCUCUCCGAGGAGACCCUCCAGGAGGUGUCCCAGCGUUUCGGGAAGGAGAUGGAGAAGGGGCUGGGAGCAGACACCAACCCCACCGCCUCGGUGAAGAUGCUGCCAACCUUCGUGAGGUCCACCCCGGAUGGGACAGAGGACGGGGACUUCCUGGCGCUGGAUCUUGGUGGCACCAAUUUCCGUGUGCUGAGGGUGAAGGUGUCGGACAAUGGCCUGCAGAAAGUGGAGAUGGAGAAUCAGAUCUACGCCAUCCCCGAGGAGCUCAUGCGAGGCAGUGGAGUGCAGCUCUUUGACCACAUUGCCGAGUGCUUGGCCAACUUCAUGGAUAAGCUGAAAAUCAAAGACAAGAAACUCCCGCUUGGCUUCACCUUCUCCUUCCCAUGUCACCAGACCAAGCUCGAUGAGAGCAUCCUCGUUACGUGGACGAAGGGAUUCAAAUGCAGCAGCGUGGAGGGGAAAGACGUGGUGUCGAUGCUGCGCAAGUCCAUCAAGAAAAGAGGGGACUUUGACAUUGACAUCGUGGCCGUGGUGAAUGACACCGUGGGGACCAUGAUGACUUGUGGCUAUGAUGAUCAUAACUGUGAAGUUGGCCUCAUUGUUGGUACCGGUACCAACGCCUGUUACAUGGAGGAGAUGAGGCACAUUGACCUGGUGGAAGGGGACGAAGGCCGGAUGUGCAUCAACAUGGAGUGGGGAGCGUUUGGGGACGAUGGUGUGCUCAACGACAUCCGCACCGAGUUCGACCACGAGAUCGACAUGGGCUCGCUCAACCCCGGCAAACAACUGUUUGAGAAGAUGAUCAGUGGGAUGUACAUGGGAGAGCUGGUCAGGCUCAUCCUGGUGAAGAUGGCCAAGGAAGGGCUUUUGUUUGGAGGAAGGCUCACACCAGAUCUGCUCACUACCGGUCACUUUGAGACCAGAUAUGUCUCUGCUAUUGAGAAGGAGAAGGAAGGGCUGCAGAAAGCCCACGAGAUCCUCACCAAGCUGGGCCUGGAGCCGUCCCACGAGGACUGCGUGGCCACCCACCGCAUCUGCCAGAUCGUGUCCACGCGCUCGGCCAACCUGUGCGGGGCCACGCUGGCGGCCGUGCUGCGGCGCAUCAAGGACAACAAGGGCGUGGAGCGGCUGCGGUCCACGGUCGGCGUGGAUGGCUCCGUCUACAAGAAGCAUCCUCACUUUGCCCGGCGCCUCCAUAAGACAGUGAGGAAGCUGCUGCCAGACUGUGAGAUCCGCUUCGUGAGGUCGGAGGAUGGAAGUGGCAAAGGGGCCGCCAUGGUGACGGCCGUGGCCUACAGACUGGCCGCCCAGCACAAGGCACGGCAGAAGAUCCUGGAGGCGCUCAAGCUGAGCUACGAGCAGCUCCUGGAGGUGAAGCAGAGGAUGAGGAUAGAGAUGGAGAAGGGGCUGGGCAAGGAGACACACGCAGAGGCGGCGGUGAAGAUGCUGCCCACCUACGUGUGCUCGACCCCAGAUGGCACAGAGAAAGGAGAUUUCCUUGCCCUGGACCUGGGAGGUACCAACUUCCGAGUGCUGCUGGUGCGCGUGAGGAACGGGAUGAGGCGCGGCGUUGAGAUGCACAACAAGAUCUACUCCAUCCCGGUGGAGAUCAUGCAGGGGACGGGAGAGGAGCUCUUUGACCACAUUGUCCACUGCAUCUCCGACUUCCUGGAAUACAUGGGAAUGAAGGGCGUAUCGCUCCCGCUUGGAUUCACAUUCUCCUUCCCUUGCCAGCAGACCAACCUGGAUGAGGGAAUUCUCCUCAAGUGGACAAAGGGUUUCAAGGCGACCGGCUGUGAAGGAGAAGACGUGGUGAACCUGCUGAAGGAGGCGAUUCACAGGAGGGAGGAAUUUGACCUGGACGUGGUCGCGGUGGUAAACGACACCGUUGGCACCAUGAUGACCUGUGGAUAUGAAGAUCCGUAUUGUGAAGUUGGGCUGAUAGUUGGCACAGGCAGCAACGCCUGUUACAUGGAGGAGAUGAGGAACGUGGAGCUGGUGGAAGGGGAGGAGGGCAGGAUGUGCAUCAACAUGGAAUGGGGAGCGUUCGGUGACAACGGGUGCUUGGAUGACUUCCGGACGGAGUUCGACCUGGCGGUGGAUGAGCUGUCUCUCAACCCUGGGAAGCAAAGGUUUGAGAAGAUGAUCAGUGGGAUGUACCUGGGGGAGAUCGUCCGGAACAUCCUGAUUGAUUUCACCAAGCGAGGGCUGCUCUUCCGGGGACGGAUCUCAGAGAGGCUCAAGACCAGAGGGAUCUUUGAGACCAAGUUCCUGUCCCAGAUCGAAAGCGACUGCUUAGCCCUGCUCCAGGUCCGCUCCAUCCUCCAGCACCUGGGCCUGGAGACCACGUGCGAUGACAGCAUCAUCGUGAAGGAGGUGUGCACGGUGGUGGCGCGGCGCGCGGCGCAGCUCUGCGGCGCCGGCAUGGCCGCUGUGGUGGACAAGAUCCGCGAGAACCGCGGCCUCGACUUCCUCAAGAUCACGGUCGGUGUGGACGGGACCCUCUACAAGCUGCACCCACACUUCUCCACGGUCAUGCAGGAGACAGUGAAGCAGUUGUCUCCCAAGUGCGAAGUGACCUUCCUGCAGUCGGAGGACGGCAGCGGCAAGGGCGCAGCGCUCAUCACGGCCGUGGCGUGCCGCAUCCGGGAGGCUGGCCAGCGGUAGGAGCAAGGAGGGUUGCCGAAGAGCUUGGUGUCAGCAAAGCAGGACAUUCCCCUUCCCUCCCUCCCUCCGUACACACACACACACACACACGUGCAGCCUCCCCCUGCAAGCAGACUCUUAGCUUUACUUGUUCUCUCGACAUCCUCCCAGUGGGACUGGAGAUGCUGUGUGCUUUGUAUAAAGUGUUGUCUUAGGAGUUUUAUUGCAUGCCAUAAAACCGCCUAUCAAGUAAAGCUAAAAGUGUCUUUUGGCUGUCUACCUACAUUUCCAGUUAGAGCUGGGCCUGUUCCACUUGCAGCUCUCCUCCCCACAUCUCCUAACCACUCUCACAUCUUCCCUAACAGCAGAAAGGAUAAUGCUAGAAUAAUUCAGACGCUGCAUUGUCACUUUACAGUUAACUGGUACCUAUUUAUGUAUGUCCGAGUCCUAGCGUGUCUGUGCUGUAGAAAGCAAACCUCUUUAAGAUUGGGCUAAAGACCUCCAUUAGUCUUUUACCCUGAUCAAGGCUGUAUUAUUUCCAUGAAAGUCAUGGUAACUUUUAAAAGCACAGGGUGCAGAACUUCAACCAGCGUGUUCCGAGUCUGCACUGAGAGGUACCAAGUAUCUCUGGUGGUGAGCAAUAAUAAAGAACCUGCUGGGCCAAGUUAGAGGUGCCCCUUUAACCGCUCUGGCAGAGCACGUGCCUGGAAAUAACUGGGGACUCAGGGUCUAACCCCAUUUCCCAACCUCUCACCCGCACCCUGAAUAGAGUGUAGGAAUGUGGCAUGUGUGUAGGGUUGUGUUACACCCCCUGGAAACCACUAGCACCCUUCCCUGGUGCGUGUGCGGGUACAAGGAGCCGCCGCCACGCUGGGUCGGUCUCACCCCAUGUCAUGGUCCUGUGUCUACACUUGGUGUGGCGAGUUGGGUUUGCUUCUCUUGGCUGUGAAAUAGUUCUGUGUCUUCAGCCUUUUAGGUGACACCUGGAUUCAUACACUGUGUAUUUAUGUUUCAAGAGAUCUUAUGUCUUUGUAUGUACAUAGUCUUGGAGUGGGGGGGGGGUGUGUUAUAUUGCUUAGUUUUGAUUUCACCUUUUAAUGUCGCUUAAGAAGGGUACAGAGUACUUAUGUUUUUUUUUAAUUUAAAACUUUCUUGGGGUAGACUGGAGAAAGAGAUCCCAAAUUCCUGAGGGCAGGUACACCAGAGGUUUGGGCAUUCUGCAUUUACCACCAGAACAAAAGGGAUACCAGAAAGCCAGGGAUGCCACGUGCAGUGAGGCCCUGCAGGGAGACGAGGCUGGUUUUAUCCUAAGGAGAGGUUUUAUUUUGUCCCCCUGCCCUCCCUGACCAGUUUUGCUCUUUGAAGUAUCCCAGAGCUCUGCAGGGACCCUGGUCUGAGCCCAUGUCCCUCAUGCCACCAUCCCGGUCACACAUCCCAAGUGUGAUGCAGCGAGGCAGUGGCGAUCCCAACUCAUUCCAUGAAGUUAGCAGCAAUAACUGGUGUCACCUCAGCUCCAUUUGGCAUCCUCAGGGCUGUCUGGGAGCGUUCCCAGGGACGUGCGUGCCCACAGCAUCACUUUGUGCUCCCGGAGCAUCACUUUGUGUGCCAUGGUGAAAAGCAGAGAUGCAUUUUUGCCAACAGAAAAGCCUAUGGAUGAAGGAGAUGCUGCAGUUCUCUGGGUGAGCAGAGGCUCAGAUGGGGGUAGGGAUGUUCCUGUAAAUAUUUAGCAGAAGAUAAUGAAAUUCCAGUGAUGUAUAAAAAGAAUUUAACUCGUAAUUCCCACCAGGAGCCCUUCAGUUUGGAGGAUAGAGAUUUUGUCUAUUUUUAAUGUAUAUUUUUCUACUGCUUGGGGUAACCUCAUUACCAAAAGUCUCUCUUCUAUGGUGAGGGUCAAGUUCAGUAGCACAACUUUAAAGCAAAAUUACUCUUUGGGCAUUUUAAAUGCUUAUUUUUUUAUAAGCCUCAAGACAAUUUUAACCAAUAGAACCUGCCUGCGUAUAGAAACGAUGUAAGAGACUAAGUUUAGUGGAAGUUUUAGAAGAUGUCAAAUAAAUCUGGAAAGCUGAUACAGAAACCCUCUAACGUGGUACCAAGCAGUUGUGUGUGAUCUUUCCCCAGAAAACCAGCAUUUUGCCUACUGAAAAACAUUGAGAAAUGGGUUUUUUACCUGCUGCACCACGCAGGAGGUUGCAUUAGUGGCUGUUUUUAAACUCUCAUCCAGCUGUACCCCUUUUAAAGUAGGUAGUGUUUUCAUCAGGUAGUGAGCUGCAUUUUAUACAAGGGUAGUUUUGGGGGGAAAGUGGGAAGGGUUGGGGCAAGGGGCAGCCCUUUGGUAGCUGAUUCAGGCUCUAGCUCAGUGAAUUGUUGGAGCAGGUGACUAAAAGGGCGAGAAGGAAACGUGGGUAGUGAAGUACCUGGUUAGUGAGGACAGGAGGAGCAGGUAAUCUCGUGCCCUUUCUCUGCAGCAGGGUUGGGCUGGGACUUUACAGCAGCGGGAAGGAUUAGCCCUGAGCUCGCAGGGUGGUGAUGAACUGCUGAGCGCUUUCUCCUCUCCUGGAACAGAGGAAGUAAAGGCAGGAUGAGUUACCUGGAGCUGCAGCUGCGUUCGGUCUGUCCCACAGCAUCUGCUCUGCAGGGCUGACGCAGGGAAGGAGCCCACAUGGAGCUCAAUAUGGAUCUGAGCUUUCUGUGAGGUCAGGGGGGACUUUUGGCUGGGUUUGUGGUCAGAUGGAUGCUCACCUGGAUAUCCGUGAGGCUCCUGUAAAGCUUGAGAGCUUUUGCUUCCCUUUGGCUCAGAAUAAAGCAGGGUCUGAAGUGUUUCUAGUUAAAGAGUAAUACUUGAAGCGCUGUAAGACACCCACGUUAACCUGUGAUCACAGCUAUGCCCUUGGCCGUGGCUGUAAGAAAGGGUUUUAUCCAACACUUGGAGAAGUUUGUGCUCCUUUUUGUCUCAAAGGGGGUGAGCACCCGAGAUGUUUGCUGUACAGUCUGAUUGUACCUUUAAGUGGGACUGUAACCUCACACCAAAAUGUUGCCGUGGGAUGUUCUGUGAAUGUGUUUAAAAUGAAGAAGGGAAGAUUAAAUCCUAACUCUUGAUAUGAAGGGAAGAUCAAAUUAUUAUAUGUAGGGAGAGAUGGACAGACUGAUCACCUUGAGUUGCCCAGUCUGUCUCCUCUCUUCAGUAAGAAGCACUGCUUUGUGGAUUUAGGAUGGCUUUUGUUUCGCUUGGUUGUUCCCAUUAGGAUGCAUUUUCUUCGCACUCCUGGCCUUGUGCUGGCACCUUCUUUGGCCAGAAGCAGCAGGAGAACAGUGUCUUCCACUGUGGCAGCUGCUACACUGGAGACACUGACCUUUCCUCCCUGGCAAUUCUCUCCUCGUUGGUAGUUUGGACACGAUGUUAUUGGUACUGCUUAUUUUAAGUUAUAUACACAAAUGUAUACGUGUAUACACACACAAACAGCAAAUUAUUGAGCCUUGCAAGAGGAAUUUGCCUCUUUCCUUCUCAGGGUCAAAGGCAGAGUAGGAGAAGCUCGUAUUCCACCACCCAAGAUGAUGGAGGAGUAUGUGGGAUGUGGAGAUCACUGACCUGAAAGCAGCCCUGAGGCAGCCUGUCCCAAAAGGCUUUUGGUGCCCUGGCAAUCUAAUCUCUUAUCAGCAAUCCAAAUGUGCCAGGCUAUCUGACAGAGAUAAGAGGGUGAAGGUCCAAGUGCAUGAGAGGGGAACAGGGAGAGGUGUAAAAUAGUGACAAAACCCACAAUUCCCCAUGCAAGAGGUGACAGCAGCAAACUAAACUGGCCUGGGGGGGAGCCUUGGGCCCCCACCUCGCCUCAACCCCCUCCCCUCCCAGCAGAUAGAAAGGAAAAUACCUUCUUUUGAGACAUCAUUUGCUUGCUCUGGUAGAACAGUGGUCAUUGAAGACAAAAGAGGCAAUUCCUGGUCACAAGGGCAUUUGGAGUAAGGAAGAGUCAUGUUAUUGCCACAUUCCUGACAAGUCCGGAGUCUUUCUGGCCUGAAGCAAAGAAAAUGCAUCUUAAUGUGGGUGUUGGCUCCGUGCGGGGCAGGGGAGUUAAGUAAAGCCAAAGACUGUUCAGCUGCUAGCAGAAACGAGUGACUGUAGAUUCACCUGAUGUUGUUCUGUCGUGUUUACAAUAUUUAUUUUUAGUAAUUGACUGCAAUGAUAUUAUAUAUAAUAGGCUUCCUUAUUUUUGUACUUUUCAUACCGUUUUCCUGAGUGUGGUGUUGUACUUCUCAGCUCCCCUUUGCCAUGAUUGCUGCUCCUAGUCAGUGACAAAUAAAAGAGAGAAAAACAACCAACCAACCACCCA